UACACAACCAACUAUAUCAAUCUCGCAAAUACAUUUCCCCAAACCCUGUCGUUCCUCAGAUCCCAAAGAAGCAAUCAUUCAGCAAUCGUGAACUCAACCACAUCAUCCUCCAUCAUCUCUCUCACCCAUUUCAACCAAUAUUGGCGCCACCAGGCCGCAACUCUCCAGCCUGCACAUAACCUUCCACAAUGAGCGACUCACCCAAAGACCGGAUACCCGACGAAGAUGGCGAAGCCGCCGAAGCACCUCUAACAAUGGCCGCCUCCGUCAUACUAACCAACCUCCCCCGAGACGCGAGUAAAGCCCUCGAAAGUGCGGGGGAUCUAGGCGUGACGAAGGUGAAGAUCCGCCUGCACCCCAUAGGCUCAGCACCGCACCUCAAGCAGCGCGUCUUCAACCUCUCCGCCAACCAGCGCUUCGAAACCAUAGUCAAGUUCCUCCGCCGGCGGCUCGAGGCGAAGGACCACGAGAGCGUGUACUGCUAUAUCGGCAGCGUUUUCAGCCCCGCCCUCGACGAGGGGGUCGGAAAUCUUUGGAAUUGUUUUAAGACGAAUGAUGAGUUGGUUGUGGGGUAUGCUCUGUCUCCUGCUUUUGGGUAGGGGAGGGAUGGAGGGAUGGGGGGUUGUAAGAGUAAUGGAUAGAUGAGCAUCACGACCCUGUGCGGUACUUUUGCGGUAGGAUGGAUGUUAUACUGGGUUGAGUAUACAGUAUGCGUCUGAUUUGGUAUAAGGAGCUAUAGACAGAUGCUACGAAGCGGAUAGAAUCAACGCUAGCACGUGAAGGAAGAGAGAACGACUCGACAGCGCAUAAUAGGCAGCGCAGGGGUAUGAAAGGAGUCAAACAAAGAUAUCAAUGCGAAAUAUCAUCAACGCCA